CUAUUCCUCCCCCCACUGACACCAAUGAUGGAACACUAUUCCUCUCACUGACACCAAUGUUGGGACACUAUCCCCCCCACUGACACCAAUGAUGGGGCACUAUCCCCCCCCCACACUGACAUCAAUGAUGGGGCACUAUGCCCCCCUCCCCAAACUGACACCAAUGAUGGGCACUAUUCCUCCCCCCACUGACACCAAGGACGGGGCACUAUUCCUCCCCCCACUGACACCAAGGAUGGGGCACUAUUCCUCCCCCCACUGACACCAAUGACGGGGCACCGUUGGUGUCAGUGAGAGGAAUAAUGCCCCACCGUUGGUGUCAGUGGGAGGAAUAGUGCCCCAUCAUUGUAUCAGUGACACCAAUGAUGGGGCAAUAUUCCUCCCAAUGACAC